AUGUCGAGGUAUAAAGAUAUUCAAAUUAAAUCAAGACCAGUAUCUAUAGCUACUACAAAUACAAAUGUAACGAGCCAUGAUCAUCAACAACAAGGAUCAAAUUUACAACCAACACAAACAUUACAAUCACUACCACCAACAUCAAGUAUAAAUGAAAGUACCAAACUGACUAAUAAAGUAAAACAUCCAUUACAUCAAAGACAACAAUCAUCACUUCAUACAAUUAAAAAAAAAGACAUCAAAUUAUCAUCGAAAAAGGAAGAAGAAUACAAACGUCAAUUGAAAAGUCCACAAGUUGAUUCAAAACAUGAAUUUGAAGAAAUUGAAUUUUUAAAGUUAAUGUAUUCCAAACUGGACCCCAAUAUAGAAGUAGAACAAUUACAAAAACUCCUACCGAUACUUAAUUUAAUACCGAAUUUGAAUUGGUCAAUUCACAUAUUCUUAUCUACAAUAAUGGUUAAAUUUAUAAAUUCAUGGUACCUUACAAAACUAAAUACUAAUAAUUUUGAAUUUGUUGAGAAAGUAUAUAAUGAGGUCAUAGUUGUAUUUGCACAAGAUUUAAAUAUAAGAAUCACGAAAUUGUUUGAAGAUGAAGAUCAAAUUUUAAAUUUGGAAGAUGUGUUAAUACAGAUUUUAGAUGAACACCUCAAGGAGUUUGUUGAGAAAGAUGACCGUGAAUAUUCAUAUAAAGUCAUUAACGAUUAUUACGACAAAGCUAAUAAUGAAAAUAAUCUACAUUAUGAUCCCAACUUAAAACCACAUGAGAUUUUAGAUCAAUAUUUGUUUGAAAAACAUAUCAUAUUCGACACUACAAAUGAAGAAAGUCAAUUACUAUAUUUCAGAGUUUUAGUAAAGAAAAUUUUACAAGUUGCUUUCAAAAACUUAAGCAACUCAAUAUAUGACUCAAAAAUUUCAAGUGAUUUAGUGAUUCUAAUUUUAAGUGAUUUGAUUUUGAAUAAAUUAUUUGAAAAAUUAUCAUCUCAAGAAUUCAUAAUUGGAAACAUCGAUAAGAUAGUUACAAGUAUACUACAGUCGAUGAAAGACAAUAAAAAAACUAAGAAAGUAUCUACAGUGCUAAAUAAACUUAGUGGGAUAGUAGACGGACUUUAUUUCACUGUGUGUCUUUCCAUUAGAUCUAGACUGAAUAAAUUUGAUUUUUUACAAUCUUCAGUUUUUACGUUACUCAAUAAUUUACUUUUCAUAAAUUUAUAUAAACCAAUGAUAUAUGGAUCAUUUUUAUCCAUUCAAACCAUAAUCUCAAAUUUUUCAAUUCUACACAAUUGGUUCAAUAAUUUAUUACUGAAUUAUAUUUUAAAGCAUUUUAAGAAUCUUGAAGUUCCCACUAAACUUAGUCAACUAAUUGAUAAUUUAAGAGUGCAGUUGUUUUAUGAGGAAAAAUUAGAUGUGAAAGAAGAAGAAGAAGAAGCAAUUGAAAUUGAUCAAAUCACAAAUAAUAUACUUCAAAUUUUGAACAGUCUACCAAUUAUAAAUCAAGGUAUCGAAGAUAAAGAAAUUGUUCAAAAAUCUAUUAAGCUGGUCUUAAUUAUAUUUGCCGAGGACGAAGAAAUCAAUCAAAAUAAUAAAAUAAAUAAGUAUUUGAUUAUUAAGUUAUUAGAUUUUAUAGUUCAUACUUUUUAUAAUGAAAUAUAA